AUGUAUAAACACAUAUUCAAGUACAAUCUUGCCCCCACAGCUAGGGUGCUCAGGCAACAACUGCAGCUGCAUCAUCUCAAAUCAUUUGCAAAGAGAUCUUUAGCAACUACUACUGCGCCACCCGAAUCAGUAGCCAAUACCGCACGCAAUUCAGAAGCCGAAGCCACCGCAAGCAGCGUCGAUGCCACUCCCUCUGGCACGCCAAUCAAUAGACAUGUGUCCACGCCUUUGGACAUUCCUUCUGAUGUCCAACCACCAGCUGGAUCAGCAAUCAGCUUGAAAUCAGCCACCCGUGAUCCAUCCAAGUUUGGUACUCGUCCCAUCUACUUGGAUGUCCAGGCUACUACUCCAACUGACCCACGUGUGUUGGACAAGAUGUUGGAAUUUUACACUGGUUUAUACGGUAAUCCGCAUUCAUCAACUCAUGCUUAUGGUUGGGAGACUGACAAAGAAGUUGAAAAGGCAAGGGCUCAUGUUGCCAGUGUCAUAAAUGCUGACCCAAAGGAGAUAAUUUUCACUAGUGGUGCUACUGAAACCAACAACAUGGCCAUAAAGGGUGUGCCCCGUUUCUACAGGAAAACCAAGAGACACAUCAUUACCACUCAAACUGAGCACAAGUGUGUUUUGGACUCUGCAAGACACAUGCAAGAUGAAGGUUUUGAAGUCACCUACUUACCUGUCAAUUCAGAAGGGCUCAUCAACUUGGAUGAUUUGAAAAAAGCCAUCAGAAAAGAUACAUGUCUAGUUUCAGUAAUGGCUGUCAAUAAUGAAAUUGGAGUCAUCCAACCAUUGAAGGAAAUUGGUGAAAUCUGUCGUGAAAAUAAAGUUUUCUUCCAUACUGAUGCUGCACAAGCAUAUGGUAAGAUUCCAAUCGAUGUUAACGAAAUGAAGAUUGACCUUCUAUCUAUUUCUUCACACAAAAUUUACGGGCCAAAGGGAAUAGGCGCUUGUUAUAUCAGGAGAAGACCAAGAGUUAGAUUGGACCCAAUCAUUACUGGUGGUGGACAAGAAAGAGGUCUUAGAUCAGGAACUUUGGCUCCGCCUUUGGUUGCUGGAUUUGGUGAAGCCGCAAGAUUAAUCAAAGAAGAAGGGGCUUAUGACAGAAAACAUAUUGAAAAGUUGUCCACCAAAUUGAGAGAAGGCUUGUUGUCAAUUCCCUCAACUAUACUUAACGGAUCCACCAAUCCAAAGUAUCAAUACCCUGGUUGUGUCAAUGUCUCAUUUGCAUACAUUGAAGGAGAAUCGUUGUUGAUGGCGUUGAAAGACAUAGCAUUGAGUUCAGGUUCAGCAUGUACUUCAGCUUCAUUGGAGCCUUCUUAUGUUCUUCAUGCGUUAGGUGCUGAUGAUGCUUUAGCUCACUCUUCAAUUAGAUUUGGUAUCGGAAGAUUUACUACCGAAAGUGAAGUUGAUUACGUCAUACAGGCUAUCAAUGAACGUGUCGAUUUCUUGAGAAAGAUGUCUCCAUUAUGGGAAAUGGUGCAAGAAGGUAUUGAUUUGAACUCAAUAGAAUGGAGUGGUCAUUGA